AUGGUGAGGAUAUUCAAGACACACAAGUUCCAGAGACACAAGAAAAUGAAGAGGGGUAUCGUGUUGACAUUGAUGAUCAACACGUCAAUUCAAAUGAGUUUGAAUCCAUGCGUCAACUCCCCGAUUAAUAUGUUCCAGAAUCAGGCUCCAGAGUUUCACAACAAGGAAGAAUCAGACGUGAAAGUCUACAACAGAGUUGCUGGAAGCUCACAAGUCUCAUCAAGGAAUGGUUCACGAGGAGGUCGCAGAAAACAAUCAUUUCAGGCAACUCUAACAGAUACAAUGGCUGGUUUUAGAGAGUUUCAACGCCAAAGCUUACAACAAAUGCGCCCAAAUUCUUUUGAUCAAGAAGAUUAUGAUGAAUGCGAGAUGGCUAUCAAGAUAUUUGAAUCAAUCGAAGUUCAAAAGAAUACUGGAUUUUAUUGGGCAUGCAUUCAAGCAUUUAAGGAUGAAAGAUUUUGGCGUAAGUAUUUCAUCGAUAGAGCCGAUGAUUCUGACGAAGAUAAGCUACAGUUUUUGCAAGCUUUGACAGGAUAUACACCAGACGGCGAAUAUGUUGGAAAACGGCUAAAUUCAAAUCAAAAUUGCAGCAGCCCAAAUUUUGGGUUUUUGCUUCUGGUGGUCCAUCUUCUGGUACUAAUAACUCAUGGGGUCAAACUCCAAAUGGACAAUGGAGUCAUGGUUCUCAACAAUGGGGCACUCCUCCAAACGCUCAGCAAUGGGGUUCAUCAUCAAGUAUUCCACAAUGGGGUACUCCUCCAAAUGCUCAGCAUGGGGUCCAUCAUCAAGUGUUCCACAAUGGGGCACUCCUCCAAACGCUCAGCAACGGAAUACUCCACCAAAUGUCCCACAGUGGAGCACUCCACCAAAUGUUCAACAAUGGGGUUCAUCAGGAAAUGUUCCACAAUGGGGUACGGCGAGAAAUACUCAAAGUGGGGUUCAUCAUCAAAUGCCAACCAAUGGGAUCCAUCAUCAAGUGCUCAACAGUGGGGUUCAUCACCAAAUGCCAACCAAUGGGUUCAUCAUCAAGUGCUCAACAGUGGGUUUCAUCACCAAAUGCAAAUCAAUGGAUUCCUCCGACAAAUGUUCAGCGUGGAUUUUCACUAG